UCUCUCCAAUCCACGUGGCCGGUGUCAGUAUAUAAGUGAGUGCGGGGGAAGGAGCGGGUCGGGGAGGGAAGAGGAGCUGAGACUGGAGGGAGCUGCGAUGGAAGUGGCGGCUGUUUAGGCGCAGGAUUGUCGCGUGUAUUCCCGAGUCACGUGGCACCAGAUAUAGGAAAAACCCAGCAGCCCUCAGCUCAGUCUGUUGAUCCCCUGGAAUUUCAGGCAGAAGUUUAAUGGAAGCCAUCGCAUGUUAAGGUGUCAAGAAAUUUUACUCAAGAAAACUUUAUAAGAGAAAACUUUCCAGCUAAAAUAUCCAAACCAGGUCAAGAAUUCCAUCUCGGAUUUCCAGCUCUGAUCGGGAAAACAAAUUUAAACCAAAAAAUGUUGUCGAUUCUGCAGAUAUGCGGAAGUCAACUGGCAGAAAUCGGACUAAGAAAAGCACAAUUUUAGCAAAAUAACCAUCAACUCAGUUGAGCACGGACAAAAGUCUGGCCUACUGGUUAUUGGACUUGGAAUUACGUCUCCAGUGGAGGAUUUCAAUUAAAUGAUGGCUUUAAGGCGCCUGAAGAAUGUUAAGAUAUUUUUAUUUGUAGGUUUUGUUGUGUUCUUCAUCAUGACUUACAUCAGUUAUAAUGACAAUUCCAAGUCACUCAACAAGUUACCGGAGCAGCUAUGGAGGUUUAUGAUGAGCUCCAGAAGACAAUGCGGCUGUGAUACCUGCGUUGCAGAGCCCGAAGUUUCUACUUGGUUCGACGAGAGGUUCAAUCAGUCCAUCUUGCCGUUGCUGAAUAAACAGAAUAAUGUGUUAUCGGAGAGUGUGUACAAGUGGUGGUUGACUCUGCAGGGUGAGACAAAACCCAAGGACAUUUAUGAAGUUAUGGAGGAAUUAUUUGAAGUCAUUCCUGGAGAUUUUGAUUUGAUGGAUCAGAGCCCAUACCGCUGUAGAACCUGCGCCGUGGUGGGAAACUCCGGCAACCUGAAGAGCUCCAAUUAUGGGCCAGAGAUUGAUGAACAUGACUUUGUCUUAAGGAUGAACCACGCCCCAACAGCUCGUUUUGAAAAAGACGUUGGGAGUAAAACCACACAUCACUUUGUCUAUCCUGAGAGCGUCAGGGACUUGCAUGUCAAUGUCAGCAUGAUCCUUAUCCCUUUCAAGACUCUAGACCUGCAGUGGAUCGUCAGUGCGCUCACUAAUGGGACCAUCAACCGAACUUAUGUUCCUGUCCCGCGUAAAGUCCGAGUCUCCAAGGACAAGGUUCUGGUUUACAGUCCGGAGCUGAUGAAGUACGUGUACGACAAGUGGCUGUUAAAUCACGGCCGAUACCCCUCCACGGGGCUUCUGGCUGUCAUAUUCGCCCUCCACGUCUGUGAUAAGGUGGACUUAUACGGAUUUGGGGCAGACAGCAAGGGUAACUGGCACCACUACUGGGAAAACAAUGCAUCAGGCGGAGCUUUCCGUGUGACCGGAGUCCACGAUGGGGAUUUUGAAGCGAGCAUUUUAGCAAAUCUUACCUCCAUCAACAAAGUUCUUAUGUUCAGAGGCAGAUGACCCUACAUAAAUAUUGUUUUAUAGAAGCUAUCUAUGAACAAGGCAGCCAUGGACCUCUGUAUGGAAAGCUAAAGUUGGAAUGUGAUUGGCUGCAUUCUAAAAGUCAAUGAAAAGGAAUACCUGCCCAAAAAGUUCUCAAUGGAAGAUGCUUCUGACCUGAGCAAAUCUGCAACUGGUAUCGGUUCAGAGUAUCUGCUUACAGACAUGUGGAAACCAGCAAUAAUGUUCAACACACCAUUACGUACAGUCAAUUCAAAUGCAGCCUCAACUAGAAACUGGACCUCCUCCUGUUGGGAAUUGUUCAACUCUAUGCUGAAGACAUGCAGAACUGGAUUAUACAUUAACUUUGUACUUAUUUCCAAGGUUGCAGUUGAGUGCUGGUCAUGUUCUUUCUGUUCCUCUAGUCAUGGGUGCAGAAUAAUGAAGUUUUAGGGAGGCUCAGCCUCCACAAAGAGAGAGAUCAUCUCCUACAUAUAUUUAUAAGGAGUCUUCAAUUGGCACCCUCUCCAAAUAAUUCACCCAACCAACUUUGCUGCUUCUGGUUAAUGUGGAGAAAGACAAAAGAGGGUUUGCUGCUCCCUAUAAUGUCAUGUCCAAUGGAGGUCUUCUAGUGACUGUGGACCACCCUUGAACCACUACUUUCUUAACUAUGUGGCACUAAGUUGAGUUUCUUUUUUUAACAUGGAUAGAAAAAAGUAUUUUUUUUUACAAAAAAAUGUUCUAAAUGGAAAAACAGUGGUAACAUUUCAUCAUCAUCCAUUCUUCAGCCAUUUCAAGUUUUGCCAGAGCCUUAGACGAGGAGCUUGGUGUUUAUAUGGUAGACCUUUUUUCAUUUUAGGGGGUGUAAAGCCCUUUCAACAUAAUGGAUUUCUUCAUUUAGUUGCAAUGAACGUUGGAACCUUCUCAACAGAACCAAUAUACACAUUUCCUGGUCAUAAACAUUUUUAUUAUUGAAUACUUUCCAACGGUUUCCCGGUGGUUUCAAUCUCAAAAACUAAUUACGAACCGUAUUUUUUUAUCCAAGUAAUUAUUUAUUUUUAAGAAACCUUUCAGAUUCUUACAAGUUGUAUCCUUGUGUAUUUAUUGUAGGGGCCGAAGCCUAAAGGGGCUGAAAAUUUUAAUUAUACUUUUUUUGCCUGAAUUUUAAGGCUGCUUAAAUAUUUCAAGUGUAGGUUUGAGGUCAUGGAAUAUUUCUUUGCAAACAUCAAAGCACCGCAUGGUUCCACUAAUGUUGGUAGUCAAUUACUUUCUGCCAUCCACUCAUUUGGCCAUUGGAGGUGCAUCUGGUGUAUCUUCUAUUCAAGACAAGGUAGAACUUGGCUGAAGUUACUGUUAACAGAAAUCAGGCUGUGAAAACUAAUUUUGGCAUGGCUAAUAUGCUGUUAUUUAUUUAUAUAUCUAUAGUAGCACAUUGAGGUCAACACAUUUUAUCACUAACUCCAAAGGACUGAUGAAUGAGAUCAAUUAUUUUGGUCCAAGAAACAAGUAAUCAGGAAUUGCCAGUCAACAUGACCAUUUAGUUAGUGCACUGAAAAUAACAUAUUUCUGUACACCUGUCAUAUGACAAUAUAUGGCAGAAUUAUGAAGGACCUUUUUCUGGUCAAAUCACAGUCUCCAUUAAUUGUGAGAACUGUAUGUUUUACGUCUUGGGCUAAAAUGGGUUGGUGACAAUCCCACCAUUACCACUUUAAAAUUGCACAUAAGUGCAGAUGGAAUAGGCAAUCUAUUGUUCUCCAACUACAACUCCUAGGAUGUCCCCUCUAACAUUGCCGGUAGGAGCAUUCUAGGAGUUGGAGCUAGGGUGUGGAAUGUUGUUUUCUCUGCUAUAUCAAGUGUUUGAUGCACCAAAGAGCUUGUGUGUUGAAGUUGACAAUCAUAUUCAUAGAGUCUACCAUGUCCUAGACAUAGGGUGGCCACCUGGCCAAUAAAAAUGCUGCUUUAUGGGAAGAAACAGAACAGUAGUAUGAGCAAUGGUUUAUUAUUCUAGAAGAGGUGGCAGGUCUUCAUCAACCUCCGGAGGUUCAUAUCUACAUAUACAAUCCCAUAUGUUCCACUACACUGACUACAAUUUUCAAAAUUGUUUAUCAUAUUUGGGUUGUGGCAUCUAAAUCUGAGACUAAAACAAUUGCUUGCCUAUUUGAGAAUGUCACCUGAAAGCAUAGUGGGAUCACCAUCCCUGGAGAUCAUUUCACAAGUAAAUUAUCUCCAUUGUUAUAACCCAUACCAUCCAACCAUAUCAACCCAUUCGCUGUAACUGGUCAACCUCAUUAUGACUAAUGGUUACUACCCUAGAGUUCAAUCUACUGCACUUUGGGGUACCUAUAUCUGCUUUGUAACUCUUAGAAGUCAAGGUUGUUUGGGAGGUUUUGGAUCUACUUUCCACCAUAGCAAUUUCCAAAAAAUACCAAUAUGUAAGGUGCUCCUUAUCUCUGGCUACAAAAUGUCUGGCUUGUAUCUACUUGCUUCCUUUUGACAGAUAUCAGGGUUCGAUCAGAAGAGGUACUGUAUGAUGGGGAAAAAUUCCUAAAGUUCUAGAUAACACUGGUUAACUUUUCUGUUUAUCCUCAAUUAGUGAGAAGGAUCAUCCAAAGUAUGACCAGCUGGUUUUUGUGGAGCACCGUCCUAUAUUGUAUACAUUGGUACGGUUAAAGUGUUACUGACGCAAUGUGAUUGAAUCCCAUUCCAUUGAGAUGUGUGGAUACCAUUAAGUUAUAGGUUCCUGAGUUUGAGUUUAUAAGCAAUGUACUUUGUAUUUAAAGAAGAACUGAAAUCGACUGUUUUUGAAUCAAGUAAUGGAGUUUGGUGGCAGAAUGAAACGGUUAUGAUGGUUUGGUGCUCUUAGUACUGGAGGAACAGGUUGAUUUAUGCACCUUACUCAUCUACUCAUCAUCUCAUAAAGACGAUAUGACGUCUACCUCUUUUGUAUUUAGGAAAUCAUAUGAUAUUUUUUCCCCCCCAAAACCACAUAAACAAAGGGAACCAGUGCUUGUGCCAAACUUGUGCGUGAAACGCAUGAUGUCGCUCUAACCUAUUGUAAAAAUGCAACACUGAGUCCUGCUUAGAGAGGAUGAAGAUGCUAAAGUGCAUUUCCGUUGCCUUUAUUUAAUACUGAACAUAUUGGCAACGCCAAGUAAUUAAAGACAACUAUUCUUUAAGGAUAAGUAAACCUUUAAAAGUAGUGAAUGUAAAAUUGAUGAGGAUGCUACACUUAGCACUUUUGCAAUGUACCUUCAUUAUUUAUUUGUCUUUAAUUCCAAGAUAUUAAGGGAUACAUG